AUGCCAGAGUUUUCCUAUCAAGAAGAACUCAUAGAAGAUGUGCACGUGACUGUCCCAGACUACCUUAAAGUACUCAGAGAAACAGAGUACGACUUCAGCCUGGAGAAGUGGGUGCUGGCGGGCCUCCAGAACGGCAUCAUGAAGCUGCAGUGCUCUCCCACCUCCUCCUCCUCCUCCUCCUGCUCCUCUUCCUCCUCCACCUCUUUGCAGCCCACCUGUCCUCCGUACUGGAUGAUGUUCAGCAGCCCCCAGCAGAGUCGCCUCGCCAGCCGCCACAACUCAGACUUCUGGGAGCCCAACCCCCGACAGCGCUCUCACUCCCUCACGCUCCCCGUCCUGCGCACCAAGUUCACCAUCUCCGACUUGGAAGACGAAUCCGAGAGCAACAACAAUACUUUCACACAAGUCGACAGCGUCCCUCUGGCCUCGACCAAGGAGUUGCCCGCAGAGAAGCCCUGCCGGCGUGGCCAAAGGAAAAACCAGCAGAGAGCCUUUGUCCCGGACCUCCUGCACCCCCCCACGUGCCUCAGCAGCCUCCCCCACCAGCGCCGGAAGAACCUGCGUCAGUACUCCCUGUGUGCCCUAGACGUGGACCAGAACACGGCCCGAGACAAAGGAUUCAUCCGCAGUGACUCUGUGGGCACACGCUGCAGACCGAAGAUGGGGAAGGAGUCAAUCAGUCCAAAUUCCUGCCUUAAUCCUGGCUCGGCCCCUCGCCCCCUGGGUCGGCCGUCAGCUGCUUGUGAUUCCGCCGUCGAGCUCCUUUCUGCCCUGAGCCCCGAGGAGAGAGAGCUCCUGGGGGUAAUCACCUCUCGUGGCUACCCCCUGCGCACCGCCAUCAUCGCCCUGCAGAAGACCGGCCGCCAAGCCCCCGAGAAGGUUUUGAGCUACUUACUGGCGCUCGACCAUCUCUGCCAGCUCGGCUACGACGUCACGCAAGUGGAGGAGGCGCUGGAGAUGUUCCAGAACUGUGAGACAAAGGCUGAGGAGUUCCUUCAUCUCCUGAGCCAGUUCAAUGAGAUGGGCUUCCAGCAAAACGCCAUCAAAGAAGUGCUGCUUGUGCACGAAAACCACCGUGAAAGGGCCCUGGAGGAGCUCAUGAUGCGUGUGGCAUGA